AUGUCUCCCGUCCAGCAAUACUGGCUUCCCGGGUACGGGCUGUCCCGACAUAUUGUCCUCGGCCAUAUCCAGUACUUCCUUGGACCAAGUGCAACAGUUAGACCCUACAGCUACCAAGGACGCGAAGGGUACCUCAUCAACGGUGUGCCACUCACGCGGGUUUGUUCCCCCAUCUUUAUUAAACAUGAAUUGAAGCCGGAGAAAGAGAAAGAGAACCAAACGUUACACAUCACUAACUGCUCCGGACAGGAACAAAUUGAUGAUCUCGCGGUAAUGUCCCGAGAGUACGAGAAGCAGGAAGCUACUCGCAUGGCCCACAACAGCAGCGGCGUCUCAACUUCUAGCUCCAGCAGCGACAACUCGGUAACCCAGUCUGAGCCGUACAUCAAUGAAAUCAUCCCUAUUAGUCAACCCGGAGCACGCAGGCGUGAACCAGACUCGCGAGGCGGUCGUUGA